AUGACAGCGAUACAAGAGGAGAAGGACAACAAGGACACAGAAGGGGCUAGGUUGGAUAUGUUCCAUUUCCUGUGCAAGGCGACAGAUCCUGUAACGGGCGAGCACUACACCGUCGACGCGCUGCAGGGCGAAGCCGCCAUGCUCAUCGUCGCCGGAUCAGACAGCACCUCCAGCGUCCUCGCCGCACUGUGGUUCUACCUCUCGCGCAACGAAUCCGUGUAUGAAAAAUUGGCAGCCGAGAUACGCAGCACGUUCGCUUCCUCAGAGGAGAUCGUAAGCGGCCCCAAACUCGCAUCUUGCGUGUACCUAUACGCCUGCAUCGACGAGGCACUGCGCAUCUCGCCCGCCGGACCCAGCGAAUUCGCCCGCGAAGUCCUCCCCGGUGGAACCACCAUCAACGGAGAACACUUCCCAGCCGGCGUGGUAGUAGGCUGCGCGCACUGGGCGAUGGGCCACAACGAGCGUUUCUUCAAGGAGCCGGGCGUGUUUCGGCCGGAGCGGUAUAUUCCCUCCACCGCUACAGGCGUCACACUCGAACAGGUCAACAGUUUGAAAUCGUACUACCAGCCGUUCCUCAUCGGGCCUACGAAUUGCGUAGGGAAGAACAUCGCGAUGACAGAGAUGGCGCUCGUAGUGGCUAGGACGCUCUUCCGGCUCGACUUGCGCGCUGUACCGGGGGAGAACCUAGGCGGUGGGAAUAAGACUCUUGGACCGGGACGCACGGAUGAAGCGCAGUAUCACAUUGACGAUGCGUACAUCACAGUGCACAAGGGGCCAGUUUUACAGUUUAGGAAGAGGACAGGUUCGUAG